AUGAGAAGUGUACCAAACUACCCCCAUCCUUACAUCUUAAUCUUUGUCUUCAUUUUGUUUCGAGCCUUGGGUGUCUCUGCCAGCACACUGUCGGCUACAGAAUCUCUCACUAUCUCAAGCAACAAAACCAUCAUAUCUCAUAGUGAACUUUUCGAGCUCGGUUUCUUCACUCCCGCGUCAAGUUCUCGUUGGUAUCUCGGGAUUUGGUAUAAGAAAAUCCCUACCAGAACCUACGUAUGGGUUGCAAACAGAGACACCCCUCUCUCUCACUCCAACGGAUCUCUCAAAAUAUCCAGCAAUAACCUCGUCAUUUUUGAUCAUUCCAAUAAACCUGUUUGGUCGACUAACCUAACGGGAGGAAAUGUGAGAUCUCCAGUUGUGGCAGAGCUUCUCGAUAACGGCAACUUCGUCCUCAGAGACUCCAACAAUAACGAGUACUUGUGGCAGAGUUUCCAUUUUCCGACAGACACUUUACUUCCCGAUAUGAAACUGGGUUGGGAUCUCAAAAGCGGAAGAAACAGAUUCUUGAGAUCCAGGAAAGCCCCAGAUGAUCCAUCAAGCGGGGAUUACUCGACUAAAUUCGAAACCAGAGGGUUCCCAGAGGUUUACGUAUGCAACAAAGAGUCUAUAGUGUACCGGAGCGGUCCAUGGGAUGGAAUCCGGUUUAACGGCAUACCGGAGGUAAGACCGGUUGAUUACCUAGUUCUAAAUUUCUCAGCGACAGAAGAAGAAAUAACUUACUCAUACCAUAUCACAAAAAGCAACAUUUACUCGAUCUUAACCCUAACCCCCACCGGAUUAUUACAACGAUCAACUUGGGUUGAGAGACUACAGAGUUGGAGACCAUUAUGGUACUCACCAAGGGAUAUAUGCAAUAACUACGAACAGUGUGGGUACGGUUAUUGUGAUUCCAACACCUCACCAGUUUGUAACUGUAUCCACGGGUUUAAGCCGAGAAAUAAGUGGGAUCUGAGAGAUGAUUUUGAUGGUUGCGUGAGGAAGACGAGGCUGAGCUGUGACGGUACUGAUGGGUUUGUGAGGUUGAAGAAUAUGAAGUUGCCGGAUACUACAAAGACAAUAGUGGACAGAGGAAUUGGGAUAGAGGAGUGUGAAGCACGGUGUCUAAAACAUUGCAAUUGUACGGCGUUCGCUAAUACGGACAUUCGUAAUGGCGGGUCGGGAUGUGUGAUUUGGACCGGAGAUAUGUUGGAUAUCCGAUACUUUGCCGAGGGAGGUCAGGAUCUCUACGUCAGACUAGCAGCUGCUGAUCUCGGUUUAAGUUCAGAUGACAAGAUAACCAACAAUGGAAAAAUCAUAGGUUCGAGUGUUGGAAUGAGCAUUUUGUUUCUGUUAAGUAUCAUUAUUUUCCGGUUUUGGAAAACAAAACAGAAGAGAGCCAUAGCAGUUCAAACACCUAUUGUCGAUCAAGUGAGAAGCAAGGAUUCGCUAAAGGACGAAGUGAUAGUAACAAGAAAGAGUUACAUAUCCAGAGAAAGCAAAACAGAGGAUCUAGAACUUCCAUUGAUGGAGUUUGAAGCAGUUGCCAUUGCAACAAACAACUUUUCUGACGGCAACAAGCUUGGAAAAGGUGGUUUCGGUAUUGUUUACAAGGGAAUGUUACCUGACGGGAAAGAAAUCGCAGUAAAGAGACUAUCGAAAAAGUCAUUGCAAGGGACCAGUGAGUUCAAGAACGAGGUUAGACUAAUUGCCAGGCUUCAGCACCUAAACCUGGUUCGGCUUCUCCGUUGUUGUGUCGAUAAGGGAGAGAAGAUGUUGAUAUAUGAGUACUUGGAGAAUCUAAGCCUUGAUUCUCAUCUCUUUGACAAAAUCCGGCGCUCUAACUUAAGUUGGCAAAAGAGAUUUGACAUCGCCAAUGGUAUUGCUAGAGGACUUCUUUAUCUUCACCAAGAUUCACGGUUUAGGGUUAUCCACAGAGACUUGAAAGCAAGUAACGUCUUGCUUGAUAAAAAUAUGACUCCUAAGAUCUCCGACUUUGGGAUGGCGAGGAUCUUUGGACGGGAAGAGACAGAAGCCAACACAAGGAAGGUGGUCGGCACUUACGGUUACAUGUCUCCAGAAUAUGCAAUGGAUGGGAUAUUCUCGAUGAAGUCGGAUGUUUUCAGCUUCGGGGUCUUGCUUCUUGAGAUUAUAAGUGGCAAGAAGAAUAACGGAUUCUACAACUCAAAUCGUGACCUUAAUCUCCUCGGUUUUGUGUGGAGAUAUUGGAAGGAAGGAAAAGGGAUAGAGAUCGUAGACCCAAUCAUCAUAGAUGAUUCAUCAUCAGCACUACUCCGGACACAUGAAAUUUUAAGAUGUAUACAAAUUGGUCUCUUGUGUGUUCAAGAACGUGCUGAAGACAGACCAGUGAUGUCGACUGUUAUGGUGAUGCUUGGGAGCGAAACUACGGCUAUUCCUCAGCCUAAACGGCCCGGUUUCUGCGUUGGGAGAAGUCUUCUUGAGACUGAAUCGUCCUCAAGUACACAGCGCGGUGAUGAAUUGUCAGUGAACCAAAUCACCCUCUCAGUCAUUGAUGCCCGGUAA